CGUCCAGGAUUCUGAGGGCUUUCAGAAGAGAAUCUUGACACACGAUUCUUAAUCAUCCAGACGCGACCCUUUCUUUGAAGUGAUAACUUCAUUCAUUGGGUUGGCCAGGAACAGAUGAUCCUCCUUCUGAAGUAUAGUCAGAAGACCAAUAGUAGCCUAAUGCUUCAUCACGAUGCCUAUGGCAUUUAUCUCACUUUAUCUCAUCAUGCAGGCCUUUUAUCACCUCACAUCCUCACAAGAAGAAGGCUAAUGAUGUCUUCCACACAUCAUUGCAUCUAUUCGUUGGAAACUGAACACACACGUAGUGAAGGAGCGGAAGGGAAUGUGGAAUUGCAUUUACACGUUCUGAUUGGCUAAGCCCAGCCUCUGAAAGAGCAACCGUCAGGCUCUUAAAGUGACUCCUUCAGCGUCCUUAGCAACCAGCCUCAUUCCCCAGCGACCUCGAGAACCUUGGUUGCGGAUGAACUGCCAAGCACUUGGACAGCUUGCUGGAGCUGUUUGAAACAUAUUUCUGCAAUUUGUAAACAUUUUUUGUUUUGCUGGUCCGCAUAAAUCUUUAGAUUCAAGGUUUAUGAUCUGUGAGUAUGUCUGUUAACAAGUCACCCAUGAUUAAUAAAUUAGGAGUGAUAUCUUCUUCUUAUCAUGAAAAAUUCUUGAAGUCUAAAAUUCAAAAUUUAAGGAAAAGAAGGAAAAAUAAAUCAAAUCCAUCAUUUUCAAUCACAAAAGAAUUCAUCUUGAGAUUCAACCAAGCAAGAAAUCCAAAAGAGAAAGAAGAGUUGUUGGACCUAGCUAGAAAAACCAUUCUCAGAUGUAAGAGAAAAUUGGGUCUCAAAACCUUAGGCUCUGGGAAGCAUGUGCAUCUUCCUACUGCAUGGACGGAAGUAAUAUAUCUAGCUCAGUGCAAAGGAGAAAUCCAAGAUGAAGCUUUAAAUAUGCUUUAUGCUUCCCUGGACCAUGCUUCCUUUGAUUAUGAUCAUCUGCCUACCUUAUUUUUUGUUGCGGAAUCAGUUUUAUAUAGACUCUGUUGUGAUGCAUUACAAAAGACAUACUUAUAUUCAGUUGAAAUAAAGCUGAUAAAGAUUGGCUAUUUGGUCUUCUUACGACUUUUUAUAUAUUUCCUGCAUGGUCACCUAGAAAGUUUUAAGCAACAUUUAUUUAGGCUUCAACCAUAUUUGUACGCACUUUGUUUCUCUGGAGACUCAUAUCACAAGUAUCCAAACAUCUUUUCAAAUGUGCAAUUCAUUCUGAAAACCAUGGAAAUUAUAUACAAAAGAGAACUCCUUUCUGGAUCAAUUUUUAGCCCUGUGGAAAACAAGAAAAGCCAUAAGAACAUAGAUUCUGAUAUGGAACAUUUGCAACUUAAUCAGGGAGGAUAUGAAGUUAACCACCUGCUCUGGCACUGUGUUGCUGCCUGGUCAUGUGUUCAGAAGAACAGUCCUCAUCUGAAUAAGGUGCUUGAACAUCUCAUCUCUCAUAAAGUGCAGCUUCAAAAGAAAUGCUGGUUGGAUUCAAUACUGGCUUUGUUGGUCCUUGGGGAGGCUGCCAAACUAAACAUGGCCUGCUUAAAAGCUUUAAUGGAACUAAUGAAAGAUUUCCUUUCAAGCAUUAUGUCUGUUCAAAACCAGGAAGAAGGCUGCAAAGUAGAAGACAUUUCCUGGGCCUGGAAUGUAGUCUACAUGUAUAUAACAAUUCUUGCAGAAAUCUGCUUGUAUGCAACCACUUCUAAUUUGCGAAAAACUGCUUUUAUUGGUUUCUGUGUCUGUAAAUGUUCACAGAAAGAUAUUUUACUCAUGAGUAAAUCAGAAGAACCACCAGAAUUGAAGGAAGCAAGUAUUUUAGGUCUUUUGGAAUAUUUCUCUUCAAAAAUAUCGGAUAAUUGUGAUCAAGUGACAUGGAUUGGAUACUACGGCUUAAUAUAUAACCUGGUGAAAAUGUUAUGGGAACUUCGGGGAGAUGAUGAGCAGGACGGAUUUAGAAACAAAAUAUGGCAAAUAUUACAGAAAACAAAGGAUCAUGAGAAAGAUGGGCGAAUCCAUAAUGGCAUAUAUAUAGCUCAGGCUGAGUUAAAUGACCCAACUGAUCCCUUCACUAAUUAUAGUACAAAAGUCUCAUCGAAUGUGGGGGAUGAAACUUACUCUAAAUACAUAGGCUGGAGAAUUGCCAAUGCUCUUUCCAAACUGUUCUUCCCCUCCACUGAAGCCCAUGUUCUUCCUUUGAAAGAACCAUUGAAAAAACAGGAUCCAGGGAAAUAUCUGAACAAAAAGGAUUCUGUGAAGAAGAGAGUUCUACAUGUUACUAUAAGGGAACAUCCUUUUGUAUCAGAACUUCCCCUGUUUUCUUACCCGGAUUUCUUCACCAGGGCUGAUGAAGAGUUGGCAAGAAUCAUUGACCAUCAUUGGCAGAAAGAGCUGAAGAUUCGACAGAAAGAAGAUGCAAUAUGUGAGGCCCAAGAACGUAAAGACAAAGAGUUAAAGGAAAAAAAUCAUUUCAGAGAAAUUAUGAAGAGAAGAGAAGAGAAACUACACAAGCAAACCAAACCCUAUGAGCUUCCUCCUAGGACUGAACAUCUUUAAUGAUUCUCAGAGUAUUGAUUUUCAGUGGACCAUUAGAUGGAAAUGGAUUGUAAAUUAUUAAUGAGUCACAUUUAAGAAUUAUUCCUUGAAAAUAGAAUGAGCACCAACUGAUACUCCUAUGUAAACUAUUAUUACAAAUAAAAGAAGUAAGGCACCUGGUUGGAUUUGUAUUUCAUAGUCAAUGCCGCAUCCAACUCUAGGUCAGAAACUUGAAUUCAGUGAAGUACAGUAGAUAAAUAAAUCUAAGCAGGCCAUUCAUCUCAGGAUGAUUUGGUCUUUGGUGGAUACCAAAGGAGACCCCUGAGUGAUGGUGGUUUUACCUUGCCAGAUGAGUUUAUAAGGGUGGAUUUUGAUGGUACUAGAAGGUAACAGGAACACUUACCAGAGGGAGUCAGCCAAUUACAGGUGAUUUUUAAAAGGCACUUCACUUCCUCUGAAACUCUCAAUCUAUAGGUUGGGUUGGGGUUCCAAUGAUGGCUUACACCUCUUUCUGAAAAUCACAGAUAAUAACCACACCUCUAUUUCUUGAUACUCAAGGGACAGUUACUUUAUUAGGGAUGUUAAACUCAAAUGACUACCAGGUUAGGAAGGUAACAGAACUCAGCAAAAUGAGCUAUGGAAUACCUCCUUCCCUAUCUAAAAAAAAGUUCCCAGCACUUGGCUAUACUCAUCAAGGUAUGUCCAGUAUUAUAGCAUCAUAGAAUCUUCCAAGAAGGAGCUCUUAAAUAGGAUUGUUUUUUUAAAUAAAAGCUGUUAAAUUUUAAAAUACUGGCAAUUAAUUUUUUAAAAAGAAUCACAUAAUUUGGGAUUGAAUUUGUGACCCAUAUUAUGUGAAUAUACAGCAUCAUUCUUUAAGAUAACAAUAAUAUGUAAAAGAAAAAUGAGAGGUUUGAGGAAGGUUCUUUUUAUUAUGAUUCUCUAUAAGGCUGUUUCAAAUCUAUGUGGCUCUUCCCAAAUAUUUUGUGUCAUCCUUGUUUCCUUUUACAGAGAUUUAGUUCUCAGAAAUAAUAUCUUCCAGUGUACCUUUCCAAAUACCUACAUUAAUCUGUGCUUUCUUCGUAUAUGAAAAGAAAUCUCUCCUACAGAGGCCAGCCAGUCCCCUUUCCCUGAGUUUCAUCACUUUGAAAAUCUUGCUUUGUCAGCUAUUUACUCUCCUCCUUGAAGGAGCUCCUUAUUACUCACUCCACAGAUGUCUCCAUUUUCUACCAUCCUUCCAUUCAAAGCCCUUUCUCCUUAAGUCCCACAGCAAUAGCAGCCUUACCAGACUGCCCUUUUAAGUCAUAACCUUUCUGACAGGUUCUGAAAGAGGGAACCACUGGGCUGUGAGUUGUGGGGAAGGGUCUCUGGACAUCUCAUUGCUACUUAUAAGAAUGUCAGCAAAUUCUGCUGUUUCAGAACCACUUUCAUACAAUCCUGGUGCUUCCAGUUUCUAUAAUAUUCUAGUGUUCUGGGGCAUGGAUUAAUUUGCCUUAAGUCUUCCUGCAGACUUAGGUUUAUUUAUUCAUUUUUCUGUUCUGCUUAGUCUGUUCCCACUGUUCACCUGCUUUCCAAUUUCCACAUUUUCCUUAGUAUUUUCAAUGUACUAUCCUAUUGUCUCCUUAUGGAUUCAUGCCUUUAAAAAAAGUA